GGGUGCGCACAGGAUUCAAAUGGAAAGUCCAUUCCCUAUAUAAAGGGUUGUUUUCUGCCAUUAACAAACAGAACGAUUCUUAUUUAUCUACAUUAAACACUGUCAGUUAAUAAAAUUAUUGGUCGGUCGACAUGAAGCUUUUGAUUUGUUUAUUGCUUGUCACUGUGGCGUAUGCCGUGGAGGACAAGGCAGCAGAUGACAAAAAUGUUAAAAAACGUGGCCUCCUGGGUCUUGGAUAUGGAUAUGGAGGAUAUGGGGCACAUGGAGUAAUUGAUGGAGGCUGGGCUCAUGGUGGUUUAGCACAUGGAGGUUGGGCAAAUGGAGGCUGGGCGCAUGGACAUGAUCAUCACACAACUGUUGUGACUAAAACUGUCGCCGUACCACAUGCCGUCCCUGUUCAUGUCCCAGUUCAUGUCCCUGUUGAUCGACCAUAUCCAGUGAAGGUACCAGUUGCUGUUCCCAAACCCUAUCCAGUAGCUGUUCCAGUACCUCAACCCUAUCCAGUUGUACACACCAAAACAGUGGCAGUUCCAGUUCAUAUCGACAGACCAGUUCAUGUUCCAGUUCCUGUCAAGGUUGCCGUUCCAGCUCCAUACCCCGUUAAGGUGCCAGUUCAUCACACAGUUCCAGUUCCAGUCGCAGUUCCACAUCCCGUGGUUGUGAAGGAAACAGUUCCAGUUCUCGUCCACGGUCAUGGUCAUGGUUACGGUCACGGUCUCGGUCACGGCCACGGUCUCUAUGGUCACUAUUAGAAAAGUUAAAAUUUCAACACAUCACUCACUCAUUCCACACCUCAAAGAAAAAAAAAAUCAUCAUCUACUGCCUUUUUUUAUCAUGUGAUGUGUGUUAUCAUCUUUGACAAUCCGAUCAAAACUAUCUUUUAUAUUUUAUACACUGACAGCGUUGACUGAAAAUUAGUGUCUUGACAUUCUUUUAUAAAGAAAAUCAUGUGCAUGAUCUCACAUUUACAUAUAUGUCAUCGCCACAUUCAAAAUAGGAAAGUCAAUAAAUAAUAUGCAUGUGGAUCGAGAAAAAAUGAAGAAAGAAAGGGCAAAACUUUCACGCCAAAUGUUCGAUUUGAAGAAAAUAAAUUAAUAUAAAACUUAUGUUAAAAAUUAA